AUGAUAAGCAAAGUGAAGAAUGCGAUGUCCACGCUGGUCGGCGGCAUCAUGCCGCACGGCUCCCAUCAGCACGGCUCCGGCAACGCGCAGAACUGCGGCUCCGAGGGUUUGCCUCCGCGAUUCGCCUACUCCCGACCCGAAUUUCUGGAUCUAACGGCGGAGCUGCUGCAGUACUCGACCGAGCAUGCAUCGAGACCGGUCCUCACGCCGAAACGGGACGCCAAGAUGUCCUGGCGGACUGGAUACGCUGAGGUUAUCAAUGCUGGGAAGAGCAUGCUGAACGAGGACCAAGCAUGCUGCGAGCGGCUGUUCGUUAAGAAGAUCAGCGGCAAGCAGAGACACUCGGUGAUGCUGGAAGAGAACGGGGAUGGCACGGGCAUCCCGCUCCACUUCUGGGGUGUCUUUGAUGGCCAUGCAGGCUCUGGAGCUGCCAUCAUGGCCUCCAGACUGCUGCACCGCCUCAUCCGGGACCGCCUAUGUGACAUCGCACACCUGCUAGAGAACCCAAGUCAAGCGCCCCCUAUCUGCUUGACCAAGAAUGGCAGCCCCUACCAGGUGGACUCAAAAAAGGGGGUAACGCAGGAAGAGGAUCCAGACUCCCCCUGUGACCCCUCAACCCGCUUUCAUAUGGAGAAGACUGUCAGUCUGGAGGCUUUGGUGAUGGGAACCAUUGAAAAUGCCUUCAAACAGAUGGACGACCUGAUCGAGAAGGAAAAGAUGUCUUACAGCAUAUCUGGAGGCUGCUGUGCUUUAGCCGCAGUCCAUUUGAUGGGGAAACUUUACGUGGCUAAUGCAGGAGAUAGCAGAGCCAUCAUCAUCCGCAACAAGGAGGUCAUUCCCAUGUCCAGCGAGUUCACUCCUGAGACUGAGAGGCAGCGUCUGCAGUACCUUGGUUUCCUUAGGCCAGAGCUGCUGGGGAAUGAGUUUACCUACAUCGAGUUCCCACGAAGGAUCCAGUACAGUGAGCUGGGCAAGAAGAUGCUCUUCAGGGAUCACACCAUGACUGGAUGGGGUUACAAGACAAUCGUGGAGGAAGACCUCAAGUUCCCUUUGAUAUACGGAGAAGGCAAAAAAGCUCGGGUCAUGGCCACCAUCGGUGUGACGCGGGGACUCGGUGAUCACGACCUGAAGGUGUACAACUCCAACAUCCACAUCAAGCCCUUCCUGUCCUGCUGCCCGGAGGUGCAGGUUUACAACCUAAUGGAGUAUGAGCAUGGCCCUGAUGAUGUUAUGGUUAUGGGAACAGAUGGAUUAUGGGAUGUCACCACGGAUAAGGAGGUUGCCGACGCGGUGACAAACUUCCUGUCAGGUUGUGACCCUAUCGACCCUAUGAGGUACACGCUGGCUGCCCAGGAUUUGCUGAUGCGCUCACGGGGGGUGCUGAAGGAGCGAGGCUGGAGGCUGCCCAACGACAAGCUUGGCUCUGGGGACGACAUCACUGUGUUCGUCAUCCCUUUGGCAGGACACAAGGGAGAGACAUGACAGGUCCCCACCCUGAGGAGCGCUCCCCAACACCUGCCCCCCCAGAAAUGGAAGGGUGGGGCCUAUGCUCCUCAAGCAUGAGAGCCUCCACUAGCCAAAUUUUUUCAUCUCUUCUCCAGUAACUCCCACAUUCAUUGUUACUCAUGCUCCAAGUGUUAGAUGACAUGGUCACCUUCUGUAAUACCCCCACUUCCUGUAUGUGUUUUUUAUAUAUAUAUAUAUAUAUAUAUAUAUAUUUUCUCCGCUUAUGCUAACUCGUUGCAUAAGUUUGCUGUGAGGAAUCUCCAUGGUUACCGAUUCUCAGCCCGCCGGCUUCGGCUGCUUAUCGGCAGACUGUGCGAGUGAUCCAUUGCAAUAUGAGAGCAUUCUAGCCAGAAUCUAUGAAGGAACACGCCAAGGCUGUGACCGGCGUGUGCAGAUUAGCAACGACAUGACACAAGUCUUGUCUGUGUCUCUCCUGUAAUCGUAUGGAGUGGAUGCGAAGUUACUAGAAUUGUGACCAAAAGACAGCAGGCUCCGGUCCAAGGUGGAACGUGCCUUGUAAAUGAAGAACAUUUUCACUCUUGGAGCGUAAUACUGCUCUGGUGGUGAAUCCCUGUCCAUCAAUGGGAAACUGAUAAUGAAGGUAAAUGAAUUUAAGCACUUUGUGUCCAACAGUUGAGUGGAAGGUAAUGAUUUUUCCUUUGUAGCAUUACCUUCAGUGGACUUCAAAGAAUGUUUGUCUUAGACUGCUGAUCUACAGGGAUUUUAAUUAGCUCGUUUGGCAAAAAGGGAUCUGAAAGAACAAAAAAAAAGACAGUAGAUGACAGGAACUAAAUAAUCUGACCCUGUGAGAACACCCAGGAGUCUGGGACGGUUGGGAUCAUGUUUGUCUUGUUGAGUCUAAGGACAGUAUAAAGAGCACCCCAAUAUCAUUUUUGGUAGUUGUAGCAAAACCAGUCAUUUUGUAAUACUCUGAUACUAGCUAAUGCUAAAUUAUGCUUUUAGAAGGCUAACACAAAAUCUGAGCCUGCCUUUACAUAUCAUUGGAUAACAUAUGUCUGCUGCCAGUCACUACAAAGUCAGUGAUUGGUUAAGUACAGUAUUGACUGCCUUCCUGCUACCUGCGGUGGAUCUGAAGUUGUCUGUGGGUGAGUAUUUGUCAGUGACCAGUUUGAAUAUCUGUCAAGGAAACGCUUGUCAGUGCAUGCUUCUGUAGCAUUUGGUAUUUUGUCGGUUGCCUUCAAGUUUUCCAAAAAGGUAUGCAAGAGGAGCUAAAUAUUCUGUUGAUGUCAGAGACGUGACCCGAGACUGCCUUAAUGAGUUACAAAAAGUGUAAACGUGACACAUUUUAAACUGCACCUGUAAACUCAACAUUUUCUUCCUGCUGUUAUGACAAAACAUAGUUCCUAGAAAUGUAGUCCCUCUGCUGUCCACCCUAACCCUCAUUUACAUGAUUAAUUGUUGGAAAAGUGAACCUCAACUGUUUUGCAAUGUCAAACAUUUGAACUGUCACUAGCAUUGUAUAUCUGUACAGUGUAAAUUUUCAAUCAGAUUAUUAUUUGAUAUUUAUCAAUCUGUAGCAUAGACAAACUGUGGAGCUGAAUUAAAUAUAGUAAAAAAAAAAUAAUAAUAAUAAACCUUUUGAUAAGGAAAAA